AUGUGGAAAUCUGCAACAUUUAAAGACUUAAUUAAGCCUGGAAAGUCUUUGACGUUCAUGAUAUCAUGCCUCUAAAAUUUCCUUGGAUACUUAUGUUAGCCAAAUAAUAAUUGA